AUGCCUGCGAUGGAGGAUUGCACCACCAGGACGCAAACGUCCUACCGUCGACCUCGACGGCGGCCAGCUCAUCUACGGACCAAGACUGGAUGUCUGACCUGCCGAUCGCGAAAGAAGAAGUGUGAUGAGAGUGGCUCGCCGUGCCAAAACUGCGUCCAACGCAAGAUAGAAUGCGUCUGGCCAGGCAGGAGAGCUGGACUACUGGCUCACUCUGGUGGUAGCAGCGUAUCGGCAGAGUCUGCCUCGGAGACAGAAUGUCAAGUUGUUCGUACUCAGACACCAUCUAUGAUCACCCUCUCAAAUGGACCAGCGAGCUACUCCUCCGUCCUUGCUCCUGCCAACAGCCAGCUAUUUCACUUCUUGCAAACCAUUUUCCUGCCACAGCUCAUUCAUCCUGUAACCACAGGGGCUGUGAAUGAGCUGGUAACCAGGGAAAGCCUUCGAUGGGCAUUUCAAUCUCCGUUCUGCAUGCAUGCGCUUCUCGCCUGUGCUGCCGCAGAGAUCCCUGUCAACAAUCCGCAGUACCGGCGCAUGGCAGAGUUGCACUACAUCGAGGCAGUUGCUGGCCUGCGGCAGAGCCUGGUACCAACCGCCGACUCCAGUCAAUGGACGGUUGUCCUGUGGACGGUGCUGAUGUUAUGCAUUUAUGAGCGAUCCAAACCGCAUCACUCGCAAGGCGUCGAUGUCCAUCUGGCUGGGGCGGCCCAGCUGAUUCAGCUGUACUUCCAGAGAAAAACGCCGGAUGCAAGCAUUAUUGAGACAGGUGCCUGGGCCCGCGUAUUUCUCGAAUCCUUCGUGUUUCACGUCGCGACGAGUAUACCCUUCCAGCUUACAUCUACCCGGUCCACUACGAUCGACUCUGCCUUUGCUCUUGCGAAAAGCAUCCUGGAGGUUGUUUGUCGACCGCAAAUUUCCGUGGAUGCGACCUCGCCCGUCCUUGGGGUCCCUCCGAAACUGUUCCAGUACGUCUACACCAUCGCACGUAUGUACGAACGGUACCCGGACAGCGUUGAUCUCCGCCAGUGCAAAGAGUUGGAGCAGGACCUGAGACGGUGGGAUACUCUAAUGGCCGUCACAGCAACACCUGAGCUUCUUACAGGACCGAGACUGUAUGUCUUGUGUUCGCGAAUCCUUCUCAAUCGGCUCCUGAAUCUCGACAAUCGAACCGACGAUCUCGUCGUCAGUGAGCUUGUCUCACAAGCCAUGGUCCUUGUGACCCAACUGCAGCCAGCACUAGAUUACUUCGCCGAGUACUAUAGUUGGCCAUUUCUGGUGCUCGGGACCUGUGCGGAGAAGCAGUCACACCGGCAGAUAUUGCUGUCACAAAUCCAAGGGUUCUGGCAGGCGACGAAUAAUGGCACCAUGAAACGUCUGGAGAACAUGCUGACAGCCCACUGGACUGGUGGGGAGUCAACCUCCAAGGCUAACUUGUGGUUGAUCUGA